AUGUACGAAAUAUCGAAAAAAACAAUGUUUCAAUUCUGGAAUGAUUCCAGUAAGGAAAAUCUUAUAGAACAAAUAUUUAAAUCGAUUGUGAAACAUUUUAGCCUUAAAGUUGAAAAUGUAUCAUCUAGUACACAAAAACAGUGGAAAACUGUUAUUAAAGAUUUCUGUAACAAAAUUAAUAUAAGAUGGAGAAAGUCCGGAAAAAGAAUUGAUCGAUUUUUAGUAAGGUAUGAUAAGUGGUUGGAAAAUGGCUCUAUUUAUUUUGUUACUGCCACAACAGAAGAGUUUUUAAAAGAAAAAGCACACAAAAUUGUGGGACGCCCACCAAAGCCAUUUAAAGAAGUUCUUUAUAAAUCAAAAAAACAAAAAGUUGAACACUUACUAAAAUCCAGCACGGAAGAAAUAACAUUUGCUGCUGAAAUUGCUUUAAGAAAUGAUGGGAAAAAAGAUGCAGCUAACCUAGUAAAAGAAAUCAGCUCCGCAGCUCCUGGCAGAUCAACUGAAAUAAAACAUCUAUGCGAAAAAGAGAAUGCCCAAAAACCAAGACAGUAUUCCAAAGAAGAAGCAUUAGCCAUUUUUGUGGAUUGCAGACUAACUAAGCAAUCCUAUAUAAACCUACGAAAAAGUGCGAUUAAAGCAGGUCAUGAACUAUAUCCUUCUUAUAAACAGAUUCAGGAAGCAAAAAUGGAAUGCUGUCCUCCCGAAGAAAAUAUUUUUAUAAACGAAACUCGAGCUGAAAUGAUCGACCUUCAAGCCUUAAUGGAUCAUACCGCCAAACGUCUAGUAAGCGUACAACAAUCUGUACUUCAGCAGCAUGCGUCAAUGAUGAAUUUAAAAGUAUUAGACCUUAUUUUAGUCAGUUACAAAUUAAAUUACAAACAAUGGCAGCUUAGAGGUAAAGAACAACAAGAAGAAUUUAAAAUUAGAAAACAAGAGAUUCAAAAAAGAUUUAAAAAUGAGAUGGGUUUAGACGUAGACAAGCCAAAACCUGGUUUCGGUUCCAGUAAUGACGGAAAUACCGCAAGAGCUUUUUUUAAUAAUCCAGAAAAAAGCUCAGAUAUAACAGGAGUCAACAAAACAUUAAUCAAGCAGUUAGGUGAUGUUUUGGCUCUACUUAAAUGCCCAGACCUUCCUUGCUUUACACAUGAUGAUUCUUCAGAGACUUCCGAAGAUGAUUCUGAGCACAUGAAUACUGAGUUUGAUGAAGAGAGUGAAUAA